AUGGUCUUCAUCCGCCUAAUCGUAAAAGUCUACCCACGCGAACAACUCUCGCGCCCAUUCCCAACCCCCAAUAGGAAGCCAACCGAACCCGAAACCAAGCCCGCGUCCUUCCUCCUCGCGCUCCCCAACCCAGAAGCAAUCACCCUCGGCCAGCUCGCCGGCCUGAUCCGGUCAAAAUGGACCAAGCUCCGUCCCAAUGCCGAACCCCUCGAUAUCAAGAAGUUGCUGGACGAUAAUCGCGACACGGUCGAUUUGGAUGUGGAUAUGACGGUUGCCGAUGUGUGGGUGAAUCAGGCGCGUGCGAGGCGCAAUGAGGAUGAUCAGGUCGGCACGGUGAGGGUCGUGCAGAGGCCUGCGCCGUAUGCGCCUGUUCGGUUUCCUUCUGUGGAUCAGGAUUGGGGGGUGAGUAGGGAGGAGAGGUUUACCGGGAAGUUUGAGACGAUUGAGGAGGCGAGGGAGAGUGAGACUGGCAGUGAGACUGGUAGUGGGAGUGGGAGUGACGAGGACAGUGAAGAGGGGAGCGAGGAGAGUGAAAGUGAGAAGGAGAAUUUGAUUGAUGCGCAGGCGGUCGCGGUGAAUGGUGAGGACGAUGCAGAAAGUGAAACUGAUGAGAGUGAAGAGGAGGAAAGUGGGAGCGAGGAAGACGAGGAUGAGCAGGCCAAUGGGCGCGCAAAUGCAGAAGAAUCUGCGGAUGAAGGUGAGAGUGAAGAAGAGCCGGCCCCGGACAACGACGUCCACAUGGAGGAUAGCCUGCCCGAAACGCGAGUGCUCAAGAGAAAGAUGAGCCCCGAGGAGCUCGAGCCGAAAAAGCAACCCCGUUUGGAACAAUCGAGCCAGGCGACUGAGGCCGACGGCGACAACGUCAAUAGGAACCCCGUUAGCAGUCCGUUGGGGACGCGCAAGCGCGACGCUGAUAGAGCGCCGUCCUUCUCUGGGCUUGGUCGACGUUUGAGCUUUACAGAGAGACCGGCCUUGUCGCAUGGCCUUGGUCUGGGUAUUACGAAGAGUCCUCCUCGCAAGAAACCAUUCCUGAUGGCUGAUCUUUUUCAAGAUUCUACACGAUCCGAGACCGUACCGAAAGACGCAAGACUGUCGCCUACAACUGGUUCCCCAAGUAGCGCACCUGCGAUCCGUCGCACCUCGGUUGACCAGCACCCCGCGACCCCAGCCAAGCUACAAACGCCGGCAGAUAAGGUCAGACUGCUCCAAUCGGCUCUCCGUAAAGACUCGCCCGCCGAAAGGAGCCCAGAACGCCGAUCCGUGUCCUUUGCCGAAGGAGAAGACCAUGCCAUUCCUACCUCCGCCCGUGUUACGAGGCCAACGCUCCAGGCCACUAAUAAGGAGCAGAAGCAUAGGACCAACUCUAGCUCUAAGCCAGCUCCCCCAGGGCCAGAAGAACGGUCAGAUGAAGAAGAGAACCAGUCGGAAGACAAGGAAGAGGAGGGAAUGGAGUUCAGCAGUGGAAUAAACACGGAGAUAAACGAGUACGAAAGGGAACUCCAAUCAAACGACCUGGAUCAAAAGUCUGAAUACACUCGCAAACUGAAGUUGGCAACAAAGAAAUGGCAGAUUAUGAAGAACAACGAGAACUCAAACCGGAAAAGACAGCGAGAGAGGUACAAUAACGCACAUAACGAUCUCAAGGUGCUGCACCGGGAGGUUGUCGAGCUCAAGGAGUUUAACCAACCACCCUCACAACGCCCCAAGUCCCAGACACCGAAUGGCACUCCAGGUACAAGAAAGCUAUCCCGAGAUCCUGCCAGUUCGCAGAAUCGAAAAUCCCAAGCGCCCUGGGACGUUGAAAUCGUCACACCGAGACCAAACUCCAAGAAGCUUGUUCCGAAGAGCCUUCCGUCCUCACAGAUCAGUCGCAAGUCUCCAGAACGCGAACAAGCCCGAGACCAAAAACAUUGGAGCGUCGAAAUCCCCACGCCUAAGGCUGACAGCAGUCCAGAAAAACGGCCAGAGCCCAGGAAGCCAUCCCAGGAGAGACCACCAUCUCCACUCUCUGAAUCCGAGUCAGAACAGUCUGACUCCGAAGAGGAGGAAAGCACCCCAAAACAGCCAGAACCCAAGAAACCAUCCUCAGAAGAGAAGCCACCAUCUUUACCUGCAGAGUCCGUGUCGGAAGAGGAUUCGAGCUCUGAGGAAGAGGACAAUGCAGCACCAAACCAGCCUGACUCCUUGAUUGAAUCGUCUCCCGCAGUUGAGGUAUCUGUACCCAAGCCUGUACCCAAGCCUGUGCCCGAGCCGGGCUCGGACUCAGAACAACAAUCCGGCUCUGCUGAAGAGGAAGAGGAAGACGACGACGAAGAUGAAGACGAAGAGGAAGAGGAAGACGAAGACGAAGAGGAAGAGGCAAAGGCAGAGGAAAAGGGAGAGAAGGACAAAUCCACAGAGGAAGAAAGCCAAAAUGAAGACGACAACAAACCCGAAGAAAAAGAAGGGGAGAUAGUCCCAGAAACAGAAGAAGAGCGCGAGCUAGAAACCACAACCCCAGCCGUACCCAACUCACCACCAACAGAAACCCCCUCCAAACCCGACCCAGCCGCCGAAGAAACCGACUCCGACACGGACGAAAGCGAAUCAGAUCAAGAAUCCGACAAGGAAAACCAGGCUCUCCCCAAGCCAACCCCAACAACAAAAGCCGGCAUCCUCCGUCGCACCAGUCUCAAUCCCCCUUCAUCCCAGCCGAACGCACCCUCCAGCAGCCAGCCACAACCAAGCUCCACCCAGUCAACCCCCACCGGCUCUCGACCAACCCGCAAUACCCUCAAAACUCUCCUCUUCCAACAACGCGCAGAGCAGGCGCAGGCGCGCUUAAAGAAAGAGGAGGAGGCGGCGAAACGGAAGAGCCAGCCGCGUAGGGAUAUCUUCUCGGGCCCGUCGGAUACUGAGUCCGAGGAUGAGGAUGAUAGCGAGAGCGACAGCGAGAGUGAUAGCGGCGCGGAUGCCGGGGAUAUCUUGUCCACUGGGAGCGUAGGGAAGUUAAGGACCGCUUUGCCGCGGAAGUGA